CGCGCGCACAGUUGACGGCCGCGCGCAGCACGCUCGGGGCCGGGAUGGCGGCGGCGGCUGGAAGCGGGACGCCCCGGGAGGAGGAGGGGCCCAGUGGGGAGGCGGCGGCCCCGCAGCCGCAAGCCCCGACGAGUGCGCCCGGGGCUCGUCUCUCGAGGCUGCCUUUAGCGCGAGUGAAGGCUCUGGUGAAGGCGGACCCUGACGUGACCCUCGCGGGACAGGAAGCCAUCUUCAUUCUGGCACGAGCCGCGGAACUAUUUGUGGAGACCAUUGCAAAAGAUGCCUACUGCUGUGCCCAACAAGGAAAGAGGAAAACCCUCCAGCGGAGAGAUUUGGAUAAUGCAAUAGAAGCUGUGGAUGAAUUUGCUUUUCUUGAAGGAACUUUGGAUUGAUUGCUGAGGUGGGCAGUUACGUGAGCUUUCACCUGCAUCCUUUGGCCAGCCCCUCUCCUGCAGGCCUCAGCUUUGAAGAAUGGAGUAUUUGGAAUAUUGUACUUACUACCUGCUUUUCCUGUUUAACCUUCACCUAGCUGGGAUAAGCAGAGAUCUCACCUGUUAGUUUUUUCUCUGCAAGGUCUUCCAUUACUUAUGUCUUCCAUUUCAGGCUUGGAUGCAGUCUCUGCUGUUUGAGACAGAGGAAAAGAAAAUGAUUUGUGUAGGUUGCUUAAUGGAUGGUAAGGACCAUAAUAAAGGUCUCUGAUAAUUUCAA